GCUCGGGAGGGCGGAGCGGCCGCGGUCUGCGGAGUGGAGUUGGCCCGGGGCGCGCUCCCUCGCGGCCGACCGGAGGGGCCGGCGUACCUGGAGGAGGUGGGAGCGCGCGCCGGAGCGACGGAGGAAAGCCACGACCCAGGCUGAGGCGGUAGGGCUGCGGCGGGGGAAGAGGAGCGUCGUUUCCCGGUGUUCUCCGGGAGUUGCCUGUUGGUUAUUUUCCUCUGUGAGAGGUUCACGAGACCCUCCUGCGCUGUAGGUGAAAGGGUGCGAGCUUGCUGACGAGCCGGGCUGUGGCGCUCGAUGUCCCGGCGCCGGAGCGCUUCCCUGCUCCGGGAUGGACGUGAGCGAGCCCCAGGGCAGCCGCUCGGAGCGGGGCGCGGGCCGGCCCUCGUCUGCCGCGCCGGGCGCUGGGAGCGGGCGGGAGGCGGCGUUUAACGCAGCUGGCGUGGGGAAGCAGGAGGGAGAGCGGCGGGAAGAUGCGGAGUUACGUUGCGGUGCACGCGAGGGAGCCAGCUCCGGUAGGAAGCAGUGCGAUGGACCAAAAUCCAGCAGAAGUGAUUUCUUCAGCUACGAGUCAAACGGCAGUUCAGCUCGAAGUUUCAGGAGGCAGAGCAAAGUUAACAACAGUGAUCAGUUAGAUUGGAGCCAGUCUCACAAAGACCUGAUGAUGAUGAUGAUCCAAGAAAUGAAAAAGUGUUUGCCUGAAGAUAAAAGGAGUUCGAGCAAGCCCAGUACCAUCAGUGCUCUCAAUUAUGCUUUGCAGUGUGUCCAACAGGUCCAAGCAAACAAAGAGUUUUUCCAGGCCUUGAAUGAUCGAAGAGUGUUUCAGACAGGUAUGAUGACAUACAGCAUAGAAGAGUUGGUGACAGUUGCAUCAGAACACACUCCAAAAAACAAUGAUACCUUUGUGGCUGUGUUUUCCCUGCUUUCUGGGCGCAUAGUGCAUAUUUCCAAGCAGGCAGCAUCUAUUCUAAACUGUAAGAAGGAAGUGUUGGACUCUUCCCGGUUUGUAGAGCUGCUCGCCCCUCAGGAUGUGAGUGUGUUCUACACACAUACUGAUCAGUCCCACCUGCCGCUUUGGAAUGUGGAAAAUCAAACAGCCUCUCUGUAUGAAUAUGCCCAGGUGAAAUCCUUUUUCUGCAGGAUCAGGGGUGGUAAAGAUCAAGAACAAGAAACGCAUUGUUACCCAUUCCGAAUCACCCCGUACUUGGUCCACGUGUGUACUUCUGUCCACAUAGAUGCAGAAUCCUGCUGCUUAGCUUUGGCUGAGAAAAUUCACUCUGGAUAUGAAGCUCCUCGAAUUCCUAUGGAGAAAAGAAUCUUCACCACCACUCACACUCCAGGAUGUGUUUUUCUUGAGAUAGACGAUAGAGCAGUGCCUUUGUUGGGUUACUUACCUCAAGAUUUAAUUGGAACAUCCAUGCUGAUGUAUUUGCACCCAGAAGAUCGUCCUUUGAUGAUCGCUGUUCACCGUAAAAUCUUGAAGUUUGCUGGCCAGUCCCCUUUUGAACACUUACCCAUUAGAUUUUGUACUCAAAAUGGGGAUUAUGUCAUACUGGAUACCAGCUGGUCCAGUUUUGUGAAUCCAUGGAGCAGAAAAGUGGUGUUCAUCAUUGGCCGACACAAAGUCCGAACAAGCCCUCUGAAUGAAGAUGUCUUUGCUGCAAGAAAUAAAGAAACAAGCAGUGUUGAGAAAGAGAUAAGAGAAUUGCAAGGACAGAUUUACAAGCUGCUUCUGCAGCCAGUUCAUAGCAGCAUUUCCAGUGGUUAUGAUAGCCUUGGUAGCAGUGGCUCUUAUGAACACUAUAUCAGCAUAGCAUCUUCAAGUGACUCCAAUGGGAACUGUGCAGAGGAAACACAAGAACCAAUAACUUUGCAACAAGUAUGUGCAGAUGUCAACCGAAUAAAGAAUCUGGGGCAGCAGCUGUAUAUUGCAUCAAGGAGCAAGCCGCAGAAUGGAAACGAACAGGCUAUGAGUUCAGAAAUGCUAGGAGGGAAGAGGCACAGUGCUUCCUGUUGUCUUCAGACAGUGAGAAGUGAUAGCACAGAAGAACCAGGCAAUGUACUUUAUGAUGAUUCAAAGACGACUCCACUUGUUCCUUCCUAUCAGCAGAUCAAUUGUGUUGAUAGUAUCAUCAGAUAUCUAGAGAGCUGCAGUAUUCCAGUAUUGAAAAGGAAAUGUAAAUCUUCUACAAAUACAUCAUCAUCAUCUUCAGAUGACGACAAGAAAGCCCAGCAAAGUCAGCAGGAAUUCAAGGCAUUGGAAGUUAGUUCCCAAACUCCAGUAUCUGCUGAUUGGAAAGAGAUGCUGAAAAAGCAGACAACUGCAGGCAUUGUGGGGACUCCUCUGGCAGACCUGACCCUGUCCAACAAGUCUCCAAGCGUGGUAUCUGCCACCAGCCAGUGCAGUUACAGCAGCACUAUAGUGCAUGUCCCGCACCCUCAAUCAGAAGUGACUACAAUGGAGGAUACUACUGUUGGAAAUGAACGAAUGGAACUGCUUCCUGUGAAUGCUCUGAGUCUCAUUAUGGUGCCUGAGGAGUUAAAGCCUGUUGGGCUAACAAAAGAGACUUUGUCAGCCCACACUCAAAAGGAGGAGCAGAACUACGUGGACAAGUUCCGCCAGAGGAUCUUGCUCUCUCCAUUUAGGACUUACCUUCAACAGGGUAGCAGAAGUAACAAUGGACAUUCCUGUGGACAAGGAGAUUCCCCUUCAAAGGAGAGGAGUACAGCUAGCUGCAAAAAAGGCAAACAUGGAAAAUUCAAGUGCCAGAAACCUCAGAGACAGUCCUUAGAUAGCCACUCUUGUAGUAAAAAUAGAAAUAGUCUUCCACGUGAGAAGAGAACAAUUCGGAAACAGUCCUUUUUUCCCCCAGAAGUAUCCUGUCUGAGCUCCUCCAGUAUGAAUGUAUUUCCUCCUGUGGGAUUUCCUGUCUAUUCAGAUUCACUAUCUAAUUUUCCAGCCUCUCUUGUAGGAGAGGAGCUUGCCCUUUGCUCAUUAAAACCUGAGCCCACAUCAUUGUCACAGCUAUGCUGUGAAGCACCGUCGUUCCCAGCACUGUAUCCCCCAAACUUAGGCACAUCUAUGGCUGUAUUUUUUCAUAGUUACCCCAUGUAUGCUCAGCUGCCUCAAUAUGCCUUUCUUCCUAGUCCUCAGUACAUUUAUCCCCCUUCUUCGUAUCCAUGCACAACGGUACCUCUAGCUCCCCCUCCUUCUGCUCCAUCACCAAUAGCCCCAAACUCUGCAAAUCAGCCCUUUCCAGCCUCUUCUGCCACAUCAACUGAGGAACAGCAAGAGGGCCAGCAUGACUGGGCCCUACAGCUGAGUAGCUCACGAGGCAGCUCCCCACUUCAGCUGAAUUUGCUUCAAGAAGAGCUGCCAAAACCUGUGGAGCCUUCCAUCAUUACUGAUGUUAGAGCACAAGCAGAAGCUAAAUGUGACAAUGAUCCAGAAGGUAGUGGUAACAGUGCUAGUAGCCAUUGUGCUUCUAGUGAAUUUACUGACCACCAACUACAUGAGGACUCCCAGUCGGGCACAGGUUCAGCAGCAUCAGGCAGUGGAUCAGCUUUAUUUAGUUCUUUAGAUUUUCACUCCAAUGAAACUUCUGGUUAUGGCACAGGUAGUGGGAAAAGCAGCAAGUAUUUUGCCAGUAAUGAUUCUUCCGAAACUUUCAAAGAAGAGAAGAAUCAGGAAGCAAAAGAAAAAGAGACACCUCAUAAAUCCAAAUGUGAGUCAGCCUGGGUGAUGAUGGAUCACACACCGGAGCAAGUUCUAAUGACAUACCAAAUGCCCAACAGAAUUAAAGAGGAAGUUUUAAAGGAGGAUCUGGCAAAGCUGAUAGUCAUGCAAAAGCAGCAGCCUUGGUUUACGGAUGAGCAAAAGGAGGAGCUUGCAGAGGUGCAUGCGUGGAUCCACACCCAGUCUGUCCCACUACAAAUCAACACUCAAGGCUGUGUUACGUGCAACAUCAGGGAAGCAAGUUGUGAGGCUGAUGACAAUACGGAAAACAAGGGAAAAUCAAUUCCACUGUUGCAACACUGAAGACAUCAGUACCUGUGUUAGUGAAACUUCUUGGAGUAAUUCCCAUUCUCUUUGCCUUUGCUACACACAUUUGCAGUAAAUCUCUCCAGCUGUAUUUUCCCAACAUGAGCAAUCGUUCGUGUGGAACUAAACCUUUCUCCAUUACUCCUUCACCCCUGGAUUGAUUUUUGAAGACAAUCUUCCACUAGGAGGCUGUUCCCUUCCUGACCUUACAAACUUGACACAUAACGGGUUAUGUUUCUAACUUUCAGUGCUCUGUGAUGAGCAGAAUGUAAAGGCUUUUCUGUUUCUUUGGUUUUGUUUUGUGGCGAUGGUGUGUUGCUUUGUUGUUCUUAACUUGGCAACUAAGAGUGUGAAAAGAUGUAAUGCUUAAGAGCCUGCAUUGAUACAGCCCUAACGAAUCAGAGUAUGUAUAUUCUCCAGUAAGGUAGUGCCACUGAAUGUAAGCUACAACAGAACACACUUCCUUUUUGUUUAUUCAAUAUUCAGAGGUCUAAACUAAAGAUUCUAAAGGUACUCUGAAGCUCUAAGGUUUCAGCAGGUUUUUCCAGAAUCAAGCAGGCUUUUUAAUGAGCAACUGAAAAUUGGCCAAGUUACUGUGCAUCAAAAUGCCUUUCUCCAAGUUGUGCCUAUCAAAAAAAAAAAAGUGAAAAGAAGCAAAGUUAUUCCUUAUGUUUUCAUAAGUGUUUGAGAACCUAAUUGUUUCAUCACUUUUGCUUAAGAUGGAUUUUAAAAUUAAUCAAGGGUAACUGAUUUGCAAAUUCAUUGGAAAUUAAACUAUAAACAGCAAGCCAAGAAACUAAAAUUAACAAUUCAGAUAUUAUUUCCUAAUGUAGGAUCUGUUUUUUAAAGGAAGUUGCACGAGAAAUUUUCUCUGUCAAGGCUCUCGUUAUCAAUUCAGAUAGUUGCAUGCAAUCUUUUAUGUUGCUUGUGCUCCGGAAGGUGAAUUUGCGUCAUAGUCUGUGUCGUAUUAGAACAGAUACAUAAGUUGAAUCCAGACAUAACUAAAAGGCAAUUUUAAGCCAUUUACACGUUUUGUUUAUGUUGUGAUGCUGCCAUAAAAAAAAAAAAAAAGGCAAUUAAGCUUCAUUUCUCAUUUCUCCUGCUUUCUUGAGAAGCCACAUAUGGUCAAACGUCAAACUACGUAUUCAUUGUUUCUUACUAUUGUUGACUUCCUGUACAACUUUUAACCUCUUUCUUUAUAAUGGAGUUAUCAGCUGUUGAAACCCAUGAAUGAAAAAUGGCUUUAAGCAUUGUGUAAGUUUGUUCUUCAGAAAGUGGUAAUAACUUUCUCAUUCACUAUGUAAAAGGACUUGUUCUCAUGCUCAUAUUUACAGCUUAAAGCUUGAUGUUUCAAAGUACUCUUCAAACAGGACAUUCUUUGUUUAAAAAAGAGCAAAUUUUGUCUGACUUCCACUUUGUUUAUCGAUAGCUGUAUAUAAUAAUGCAGAUUUUUCAUUUUGAUGUUAUUAAUCAUCUUAUCCUUCUCAACAAAGAGUUUAAAAGGUAAUACAUUAUUCACCUUUCCAUGCUCUGUAACUGUUCUGUUAUGUGAAGGAUUUUCAGUUUUUCAGUCUCAUUUACGAGUGAGCUAGUUGUUGAAGAGUAAGUUAAAGAUAAUAUGAUCUUCAGAUAAUUGAAAUUAUAUUUACCUAUAGGCUUUUCUUAUUCUUUUAUUCAGUUCAGUAAAAAUCUUUGUCACAAAAGUUUGUCUCAAGGAAUGUGUUCUUUAGAUUUUUACAGUAUGCCUUCCUGUUCUGUUUAUACCUAUUGUUUUCUAUUUAUUCUUAAGUUAUAAUUCUUUGUCUUUUUCUUUUUUGAGCUUGGACUUCUUUUUUCUUAAGUGUUGUAAAUCAGCAGGGAUUCACACAUUCUCACUAUUUCAUGUGCUUGAACUUUUAAGUACUUUUUAAAGUAUGAGUCCUCAAUAGAUAUUUACGUACAGAAAGUUAUGUGCUCAGUUAGGGAAAUCUGGGCAGUACCUUACACCUUUCCUAUUAUUUUUUUCAGCACUUUCCAAAUACAGAAUGCUGCUUUGUAACCAUACGUCCUAAAAUAUUUGCUCUAAACCACAUAGCAAGAUGCUUUCUGUACAAGUUCUUUCCCCAGUAGGGAAGGUUCUUAACUAACUUUCCCAUCAAAGUGGACUGAUGUUAUUGAAUCAACUAAAGCUAUACUUACAUUAAAAUGACUGCUUUUGGUAUAUUUUGAGACUUAGUGAAAUGAUCCAUUUCACUAAGUGAAAUGAAUAUUCCAAGUAAGGGCAAUCGUGUCCUUUAAAAUAGUUCAAAUGUGUAAGCGAGAAAGAAAGUUUAGGUAAUCAACUCUUUUGCUGUACAUUGUUUCCACUGAUUGUUUCCUGAGUGGAAAAAAUAAGAUUGAUGGAAAAGUCUUAGUAGGCAUAUAAGUCAUCCAUUUUAUAAAAGAAUGAGAUGUAGUUUAGGAGAAAGAUAACAUGUACCUAAUACUUGAUUAAUACUUUUUGUUCAUAGGUCUGGAAACAUGUCAAAAAGAUGACUAUCAUUAUCCCUCUUGUUUAAAAAGAGGCAGAGGCACAAAGGACUUGCACAGAUACAUACCCCCAGUUCAUACUAAAAUCAGGAAUAUAAUUUGGAGAUCUUCAUUCACUGUAUCUUGUGCUGUCUUUUGCUACAAAUGGUCAAGGUCCUCACCUGUACAUAGAAACUUGAUCAUAUUAAAUGUGUUUCUUGUUUGGAUAUUUUAACCCUUCUUGUGCUACCUACUGCUGUGAAUCUGUGCCUAGUAGAAUCACAUAGAAGCAGAAAUCCUAGACAAUUUUAAAGUGAUGUGAACAUUCUAUCCCAUUAUCACAUAUAAUGCAGGAGCAUGUGCCUAGGAGUUUAAAUUCAAAAUUCAUAAUCCUGGCUAAAUCUUAGGUGCAAGAUUCUUUGUCUGGGGCUACAGAAGCUAUGGGUUACAGGGGAAAAAAAUGGUAUGGAGUAUAAGAAUUCGAGAGGAAUGAAGUGGUGAAUCAGUGCAUUGUUUGACAAGGGCACUAAAUGGGUUUGCCCAAGAACACAAGUCUUAUCUGCAAAAACAGGUUUAGGGCAAAAAAAGUUUCCCAAGCUAUUCUUUACCCCACUGUAACUAUAACGUCUUGCAGUCAAAAGCCUUACCAAGCCUUUUGGAAAGGAGCUUGUUUCUGUAAAUUUUCAGGAAAUGGUAGUUUUUUCUUCAGAUUAUGUAUUUAUUUUUUAGUCUUAGUAGUUUCCUGGGAUAGUCAAAGUGAAAUUCACUUAUGAUCUGAAAGUGGAGUAAAUAUUGCAGCCAGAUUUGCACACAGUAUUUUGUUUUAUGUGACUUUGUUUUGCCUGAUACAAUUAAAAUGUUGGAGACAGUUUAGCUUCUUAGAAGGUCACUUUUUGGUGAUCAAAGGGAAAAUGCAAGUACAGCGAUGAUGCAGUUAUUCUACUCCCUGUGGGGGUGUCGGCUGUUUGGUGGAUUAGGCUGACAAUCUUUUGUUCUGUUCAAAAAUAAUAGUUUCAUGUUUAAAAAAAAGUUAGUUGAUGUGCAAGUAUUUUCAUGCCAUUGCUGUGAACAGGAGGGACCCCAGUGUAUUUUUCCAGUGUGAUGAAUAUUUGCUGCAUAAGUAAUGUAUUAGUAAAUUUAUUCUCCAGCUGAAUCAAGUUUUAAAUCACGAUCAAAUGAGUAUUUACAUUGGUUGAUAGGAAUAUUUUAUUGAAGUAAUACUUGGCUGUUGUUUAAUUUACAGUUGUGAUUUUAACUGUAUAACUUCAAGGAGCGUCUGCUUUUUAUAAAUAAAACUAAAAAAAAA